GGUUUGACAGCUAUUGUUGCAUCAUUGACAAUUUAUCCUCAGUCGCAAACACAAACAAGACACAUUUGCAUUAGCACGUACCCAACACACCAACAUAGUUUUAUUAUUAACCUGAAAAAACAGUGAUUAUCCAUUUCCAAAUGGAGUAAAUUUGCACUGAAUGAAAAAAAGUCAACAUUAAACAUAAAGUGGUACACCAUCGCUGAUUGUACGUAUCAAUUUUUCUGUGUUUCACACGUCAAACUGAGUCAAUUGGAAGUGCCCAUCUCAUUCUUAUUGUUAUCUGUUGAUUGAACGCAUCUUCGUACAUCAAUCAGUUCCAGGGUGUAUUCAAUUCAUCUGGUUGGCAACCAAAAAGUAACCGCUGCAUGAGAAAUAAUUGUGCCGUUUGAUCGACAUUCGAAUUAUCGUUCUUAGAUAAAUUUGCUAAGUGCUUAGAAUAUUGUGAAGAAUAUGGCUGAUAUUGCAGCAAGCGCCUCUAUGACACAAGCCUCAUCAAAUUUGAGUGACGAACAGGAGCUGAAUGAAUUCCGUGAAAUUGUCUGGGGCCCAAACAUUCGUAUCGAUGUUUUUCAGAGAUGGUCACAAGGCUUCGAAUUCAGUGACUCGGAACCAUCGGCUUUAGUGCAAAGACAAGGCGGCCCAUGUGCAGUUAUCGCACCUGUUCAGGCAUACUUACUGAAAACAGUUUUAUCAGAAACGAGUAGUCAGAAUUUCAGAGAUUUGACUGCGGAACAGUGCAAAUUGUUGCUCAUUCAAGCCAUCUGCUCCAUUUUGAAGAAAUGCAAAGACGAUAAAUUUAGAAUAGUCACAUUGCCAAAUGAAGAUACUGUACCAUCGAAUACAGCAGCCCCGGCACCGGUACCAGAAUUGAGUCAAGUACCUGCUGAGUCUUCAACUUCAACGGAACCCAGCGCCAAUGUUUUACCAAGUCAACGAACCGCCGGAUGGGUCCCGGAUGAGUUCCAUGAGCGUUUAUCAGUUCACUCUUUCGAUAAUAUCGAAGAGGUAGAACAAUUUUACAUGGACAACUACCACGUUUUGACCGGCAGCUAUGGUGUUCUGAAAUUCAUGUACACAGUCCUAUUGACGAAGAAAGUGCAAAACAUUAUCGCUGAAUUGCUGGAUAGUUCAGAGCCAUUGAUACACGAUGAAUACGGCUGUGGAUCACAGGGUUUAAUCAAUUUAAUGAUUACUGGUCAAGCUGUGCCACAUGUAUGGGACCAUGACAAAGAUGUGGGAGGACUGAAGUUGAGGGGUAUUUCGCAGCAGUCAGACAUUGGAUUUCUCACUUUAAUGGAGCAGCUACGAUACUGUACCGUCGGAUCUUUUUACAAAAAUCCAAAGAAUCCUGUUUGGGUGAUGGCUUCGGAGACACAUCUCACAGUGCUAUUCAGCAAUGAAAAGAACUUAGUGUCCAAGGAAACACCGAGUGAAGUCGCACGUCGAGUGUUCAAGUCAUACGAUCCAGACGGAAAUAAUUUCAUACCGAGCCCGGUAUUACAGGAUGUUCUGAGAUGCUUAGAGUUAGUCAGCGAACCAGAAUACGUUGACAUAAUGAGUAAAAAGUUGGACCCUGAAGGACUCGGAAUUAUUUUGCUCAACGCAUUUAUGGAUGAGUUUUUCCCGGAGGAAAAACGAUCAACUCCAGACACCUUUGACCUGAUACAUUAUAACGGGAUACCCAGGUCAAAUGUUGAAGACCAAGUAAAAUAUCACCAUGGUGCAGCCAUAAUUCUGGAAAGUGAUUUACGUUCCGUAUCCAUAUCAAACCCAAUGAUAACGUGUUUGCAGACGAAAUGGCCAAAUAUCGAAGUGAACUGGGAAGACAAUCGAACCCCAUCAUUAAAUUGACAUGGCGUUGAAAACCACAAUGCAAAUAUAUUUAUCAUCAAUCAGAGGAACACAAUUCCAACAAAUCGAUGUCAAACAAAUGAGCAAACACAAACCUUUUCCUUGAUAUUUUAUGCAUGAAUACUACAAACAAACACACACAGAGAGACACAAACAUCGGAUGUGAGUAAUUUAUAGUAAGAGAGUAAUGAAGAUCACAUUUUAAAACCGCAACAAAGCUUUAGCCUGACAACUCAACUAACUCCAAUUGAUUACGUCUUAAAAUUGGCACAUUUUUACUCGACAUCAGAGAGUGAUGUUUUUUCGUUCGCAAAUUGCAUCGUAUAGUUAGGACAGCAUGUGUUCACAGUUUAAAAUUCGAAACAAUAUUUUAUGUUAAUUUAAUGGAUAAAAAGAAGAAGGGAUGAAUUUUGUGAGUUUAUUUGGAAUCAAAAACGUUAGCCUAGGUCUAAAAGUCAGAUUUGGUAUUAGUACGAAACGAAAUGUAUGUAAAUAUAGGCUUCUUUUUAUCUCUCUCUCUCACUUGGUAAAAACAAAAUUGAACUUUUGCACUUACUCUCCUGCGUACACGAAUUUCGAAACUUUUACGGUGCAAAUGGAUUUCCUGAUUCAUUCAAUUUUAAUUUGUUAAAUGCGGCAUGUAAAAACCAUUUUAACUAUGAAAAUCUUUUUUAAGUUAACUACUUUGUUGAAUAAAGAAUUUAAUUUGAA